AUGGGUCUCUUUAGCAAGGCCCUCCGCCGUCGCCGCCAUCGAGCCAGUCCAGAAGUUGACCUCUUAAGCGCUGCAUUUGGUCUCCCUUUUCGUCGUGGGGUCAUGCCUGCAGAUCAAAAGACUUUUCGACGUUCUCAGGUUAUAUAUGAGACAGAAUCUGACGAUAGCUACGAGUCGGACUCGGAGGAAACAUCCUCUUCGUCUUCCGAAGACGAUCCAGGACAUCAAGAGCGCGGCUGUCGUGUUUCUGAUCGACCACCCACGCCUCAUUCUGCACCUCCUGCGUCCUCUUCUUCCUCGAAGAAGAACUCGCCCCGAAAGCGACAUCACCGCCGACGUCGCUCAAAUCCAUCGCCUCAUUCCAGUACUCGAGUACUACCUCGUCACCAGGUCCCUCGCUCGAUCUCCCGCCGAUCAAACGUCGAAACCAUGACUAACCAACAGCCCGUUUCUUAUGUACGACCUUCUGCAACAUUUCCUCCCCAAUUUCCUAUUCAUUUGUCGAAGCCGCCUUGUAAUAUUGUACAGUCAUCAACUUUUCCUAUUUCUCCUUUGAACCAGUCGUUUGGGGCUCCAGUUUACCAGCCCCUGCCUCAGCAACAAAUCUACUAUCAGAAUCAAGUUAGCUAUGUUCCUCACCAACCAUUACCCCUGGUGCGAGUUCACCCACCUCAGUUCAUGGCCCCAGUGGCUCAGCCCGUCGAGUCGAGACCCCCUCCUCCCCUUGAUUCGGUAAAGGCACCGAAAUCUUCCGUGGUAUCAAACAAUGCCCAACGCCCGUCGGGAGGAGGGAAUACCUAUCGCCCGGUAAUUGCUGCGUCGAAACGCUCCGAGUCAUCCGAAGUCUUCGGCAAGGAAGUACAACGUCUCCAGAGGCUCAUCGAAGCAAAAAUGGCAGACUUGGCCGAGGAGCCCAACAGCAGAGUUUUACGCCGUGACCUUCGCCGUCUUCAAGACAGACUUAAUUCAACCUUGAAUAAAGCCAUCACGGCCAGCAAGAAGCAACACCAAAGGCAGUCGUCACUCUCCACUUUCAGCAACUUCUCUCAAUCAGUCUAUGAUCAAGAGAUUGCAAGCAGCAACGUAGCUGCAUCUGUUCACGGUGACAUCGAACCAGCCAGUGUUUGUCAAGACAAUCAGCAGACAAAGUUACAUGACCAACGAGACGAGAGUCCUCAGCGUAUUACACGCCAUCACUUUUGCUCUGAAUGUGGAAACAUUCGCUCAAGGGACUACCAUAAACGAUUCCCUGUUCACAAACUCAAACAAAUGAAGAUAAACCUUUGUGAGAGCUGCCGAGAUGACAGUUAUAAGCGGGGGGUUAUCAAACAGUAUCAUUUCUGUUUCAACUGCGGAAGCGCAAGAUCCAUGAACUUUCAUAGACAGCACCCAGUGUUGCCAGGCGAGCCCAUUAUAACCAACUAUUGCGAAGUGUGCAUCCUGGAGCUCAAAAGAAAUGGAAGCCUAAUGGAAGCAUCCGUGGUUGGUCCGAAGUACCAGAACCUUGGAGCGCACCAAGCGAUACCUCCUGCUUGUGAUUCGGAAGAAGACCUGGACUCACUGACUGUAAAUCGUCAUAGAAGUCACAAGAGCAGGCAUGGUCAAGUCCAAAGUGACCAGGUAAGGGAGGUAAGUCCUCCGAAGCAGGUUUCAGAUGACGAGAAACCUCGCGGCAGGCGGCCCGAACCACGAGCCUCCCGAGAGUCUGUCGCUCCAUCUGGCACUGGUACCGUGUCUCGAGACUCCUCCUACUGUCCUUCACGAAAAACCGGGUCCUCUGAACGCCGAGCAGAGAGAAAGUCUUCUGGGCACUUCAGCACUGAGCGCAGCCCUCACAAGAAAGAGUCAAAGAUGCCACGGAACUACCAGGCACCAUACGUCGAAGACUCCUUUUCAACUCCUCAUGUGGAGGUACAAUCGCCCAGCCCCGUAACUGGCCGUAAGGAGAAAGACCAGAAGUCGGGGGGCAGAGUCUGUGAGCCUUGGAAGAAGCUUCCUCCCGACUUCGUCCUCAAAUCUGCACUGGCUAGUGAGCGGUCGUCUUCUGACGGCUCUAGAAAAUCCCGAGAUGAGGCUUUCAAGGAGUCACCUAGACCUCGUGAGAAGUCUCUCGAGUCUGACCGCUCCGACCCAAGCUCUUCCAAAUCUUCUAGUAGCAAGACUGUGAGAUUCAAGCAGUCUGUGGAUAUUCGCACAUCAUUACCCUUUGACGGCGAUGCAGAGGCUUCGGCCUCGGAUUCAGAGACUCCUGCAUGCCUACGCUCUCCAGGGUCUCCGCUUAUUUCACGCAAGAAGUGUACCUUUCGCAGCAGCUCGUAUGACGAAGGGUUUUCAGACAAGUAUCUGCACCCUCAUUAUGGCCAAUCUUCGAAGAAGGGACCGGGCGCUCAUCGCGAGUACUUGCAUACGCCAGACAACUUUCGAGCUGGGACUCCUGCCAAGGGUUACUCUCAAGGUGCCUUCAGCAAAGAAUUCGACCAUGGUGAGGAUUGGGAUGCUUUCCGAAGCCCUCGGUAUUCGCAUACUGAUUAUUACUCGGAUGAAAAUUCCUUCCGUGGCAACUAUGAAGCCGACGAGGAAUAUCAGACGUCGACUCCUAAGGCUUAUGAUUACGGGGAUCAUGGCCAGUACAUGGAAUCCACUGCUUCCCUUCCAUCUCGUCUUUCUUCUGGGAGCAUCUUCUCGUCCUUCUUCAAAAAGUCCAAAAAUAAGACUUCUUCCGCUCCUCCGGUCAACCGAGCGAGCUCAUACACUCCUGAUCACAACUUCCACGAGACUACGACUCCUUGCCCUCAACAAGGAGGAUGCCCCUCGGAUGUUUACACUUCUUUCACGGACCCUGAGUCGUACAGCUGUACAGAUGAUGGGCCAGCUUUCGAAAAGACCUCUCGUCAAGGUGAAAGUAACCCCUAUUAUACACCUCGCAAGCAGAAUUUCCCAGAGUUUUCAUACUGCAGUUCUCCUGAUCGAUCCGAUGGGUCAGUCAAGCGAGAACAGGGGCCACCCUCUCCUACAAAGUCGGAUAAAUUUGCAUGGAAGAACGCUUUUAAUCCUGUCCCAACAGUCGAGGAGCCAAAUAUUGUUGGCGAUUCCUCCCCUGAGGGUGCAGCCGAUAUGCUUGAGUACAACAUCACCGAUAUGGUUUCUUCAGUCGAUGACGAAAACAACGAGGCACCCUCCAGUUCAUCUGGCGAUGGAAAUGAGAACGACGAAGCACCUGAUAGACCAUUUGUUCGACAUGUGACCGGUAGCCACGCUGCUUAA